AUGGGAAUGGGAAUGCUUGUCAAGACAGCCUUAGGAGGAAGAGGUCUUUGGGCUCAUGUAGCUGAAAGCAAGCCCUCAAAACAAACUAGCCUAGGAAAGGAUGGUAGAGAAGUGGUGGUGGCUGAUGAUGGCAAAUGGGAUCAGGAGGAUCUCAUGGUGUUGUCUAUCAUUCAAGACAGCCUUGAGACACCAAUCUUGGAAGCUUACUCCUAUUGUGAAACUUCCAAAGAGCUGUGGGAAACUCUACAGAAGGUUUAUGGUAACAUCUCCAACCUUAGUAGAGUAUUUGAAGUGAAGAAAGCAAUCAGCACUCUCCACCAAGAAGACUCGGAUUUUACCCAACAUUUUGGGAAAUUUAGAGCCUUAUGGGCUGAGUUAGAGAUGUUGAGACCAGCUACUGUUGAAGCAAGUGUCUUAAAUGACAGAAGAGAGCAAGACAAGGUCUUUGCCUUACUCCUCACACUGCAUCCAAGCUACAAUGAUCUGAUUAAGCACAUACUUAGGGCUGAGAAGUUACCUACUCUUGAGGAGGUGUGUGCUCAGAUUCAAAAGGAGCAAGGAUCAGUGAGUUUCUUUGGAGGAAAGAGCGAGCUUGUCCUUGGAAACCAAGCUGAAGGUAUUGCAAACAAAGGAUCUUACAAUGCUGAAGACAAGAAGAUAUGGAUAUGUGACCAUUGCAAGAAGAAGGGCCAUGGAAAGGACAAGUACUGGAUCCUUCACCCUCAUCUCAAGCCACAGAAGUUUAGGACACCUCAACCUGAUGCAAGAGCCCACUUCUCUAGUGGAAUGGGAGAGCCAUCUGGUUCAGGGUCCACGCAUUCCUUUAACCAUCCAAAUGCGGCUAGUGAAGGGAAGGUCUCAGCCUCCAGGAACUACAAUACAUUGAUCUCUGCUUAUGAUGACACCAUCAAGAGGUCUGACCUUGAUGCUCUCAUCAAAGCCCUCAAGGAAAACUCUGGUAACACCCUUGGUACCUCUUUAAAUGCUUGUGUUGAUGGUAUCUCUCUAAAUGCUUCAGAUUGCUCAAAAUUGUCUAAACCUCUUGUGAUAGAUUCUGGUGCUAGUCACCAUAUGAUUAGUGAUCUAGGACUGAUUAGUAACAUUGUCCCAGCAUUUGGUAAUAUAAUGGUAGGAAAUGGUGACAAAGUUCCCAUUAAGGGAGUAGGUGAUCUUAAGUUAUUUAGCAAGGAUUCUAAAGCCUUUUAUAUGCCUAACUUCACCUCAAACUUGCUAUUUGUUAAAAGAGCCACAAAUGACUUGAAUUGCAAUGUCACUUUCACUCCUAAUGAGGUUUAUUUUCAGGAUAUUGAGACUAGUAGGUUGCUUGGCAAAGGUGUGACAAAGGGCGACUUAUACUUGCUUAAAGACACCAAGCUGGCUACUGAUUUAUCUAUUGCUUUAAACUCUGUUACUAAUUUCCCUAAAGAUGUAUUGUGGCAUGCUAGAUUAUGA